CUUAAGUGCAAAUUAUAAAUAUGACAACAAGGAAUUUAUGGGGUGAAUUUGAUAAUGAUGAUAGAGACGAAAGUAUAGCACAAAAUGUGAACUUCAACCCAAUAAUCGAACUGGGCAUGCAGAAUAUUCCUGAGAUACCGAUCACUGUGAAAAGUUCACCGAUUGAAUUACCGAAGCCGAAUUUAAUUACGCACACGAUACAGUUGCAUGCUUAUUCUAGACAGCUCACCGCUAUUUUGGAACAAACCGAAAAUGCAGUUUUUGAAGGUGCAAGAUUAGAUCCAAUGAGUUUGCCAUCUAUGCCAUCGGAACCUCAUAUACAUUUGGAACACGAGACAACGCCACCCAUAAACUUCCUACCUAAAAAGUACUGUGACUUUUCACUUGGUAAAGGUCCUAUUAUUUUGCCAUUUACACCAGAAAGUCAUAAAAGAGCUCUGCGGCAGUGUGCUGCCAUAGCUAUAGGUCAUGUUGGUAUUUCGACUUGCACAAACACGGCCCUCAGUGCUGUAUCUGAUGCACUAGAUAUUUAUAUGACUAACAUGUGUAAACUGCUACGCAUUGCUGUAGACAAAGAAGCGAGUGGUCUCAAAUCUGGAUUCCCUGAUGUUAUUUCAAAAGUAUUUGCAGACCUCAAUGUUGGAGAUUUACAUGAAUUUUAUAAUAAUAGAGUAGUCAGGUAUCAUGCAAAAAUAAAGAAGAAAUGUGAAGAUUUGCACUGUCAGUGUGAAGCAUUGGCUAUAGGUGAUAUAGCACCUCAAUUGAAACUUGAAGAAGUACCAGAAUUGCACUUUCCUGCUGCUUUAGAUGGAGCAUUCACACCAUCACUGGAACCAGGUUUCCAGAUGUUACAUAGUUUAGAACAAGAACAGUUACAAGGAUUGGAGCUCUUGGAUGCAGUUGUAACAGAUGAUAUAAAACUAGAGCCAAUGGAAUUCUCACAUUCAGAGCCUACAGCCAAAUUGCCCACUUUGUCACCUAGUGCUAAGAAAAAAAGAAAAUAAAA